CAGGAAACCAUUGAAUAAAAAAUCAUCAAUCUCCAUUCGCGAGCAGUGAAAAUGAAUGUCGAAUGUGAACAACAAGGCAGUGUUAGCCAAGUGACCAUUACUGGACCAUCAAAUGAUACAUCGCAAUUGAGUUUGGCCACACUGUUCGUUGACUGUUUGGAAGAGCUCUUCGUCUGGUUAUCAUGUGCCGAUCUAUUCGCUCUUCGUCGAAAGUGCAAGCGAUUGAAAACAACCGUCGAUUACUACAUCAAAGUUAACUACCCAAAAAUUGGAAAAGCUAAGAUCAAUGACCAAAGAUUCCAACGGCUUCAUCAGAUGGAUGGCGAUUCUAUCGGUUUGAUCAAGGAUAUUUCGUUUAAAACUGAAACAAUAUUGGAUGCAUCACAAUUGGCGAAAAUCAAAGAGAUUUUGGGCAAAGUGCAACGGAUCAUAUUAGAUAGAUCGCACAUCACAGCCGAAUUCUAUGAUUGUUUCUUGAAGCAUUGCUCCAAUCUAAGGGGCUUAUACAUCGGUGAUAAAGGAGGUGCAGCAGCGAAUGCUAAUGUUGUGAUUGGGACGGACAACUCAUGGCUACUUCGAGAAUAUCCAUCGCUUGAGUCCAUCCAAAUGUAUGGUGCAAUUGAAGUUCCCGAACUAAAGACAUUCUUCUGCUUGAAUCCAAACAUGCGAUUCCAAACUGACGUCAAGUUUCUCGAAACAAAUCGACAUCUCUUGAGUGAUGCUCAAGUGGAUCAACUACUCAUGUGCUAUGUAAUUGUAGACAUCGGCUCCAUAAUCGAUUUGUUUGGCGAACUUUAUCGCCACGGAUUUUACAAACGAUUGUCCAUAUACGCAUUAUUCCGACUCCAUGUUCAAAAUGACAUCAAUCAACUAGCACUAAUUCCCGCAUUGCACACUCUGUGGUUUUUCGAUCACGACAAAGGCCGUAUCUUGCCUUCAAUGCCACAUUUAAAGUAUGUCGUUAUAGGAUUGGUCGAUGAAUCGGAAGUCUUUGAGUCCUGUGCCAAGAAUAAUGUCGGCAACAUUGAACGACUACGUAUGCUCGAAGGUUCAAUCGUGAAAAUCGCAUCAUUCCUUCGACAUUUCCCAAAACUCAAACAUAUCGAUGUCUUCCGCUUCGUGAAUCGUGAAACGUAUUUCGAUGGAGAUGUCAUUGAUUUACAAGCGUUGAACAAAGAGCGCAAGAAAUUGGAAAAUGCUUGCAAAGUCACACUUUACGUCCAAGAAGACAUCUAUUUGGCUACGAAAUGGGCCACCAUGAAGACGGCAUUCGAUUCAAUCGAAUUGAAACGAUCAAUUGAAACUCAGCAUUGA